GGAAGUAGUUUGUAUAAAGUGUUAUAUACCAGCGACACGGGCAUUUGUCGACCUCUUUUUGGUGAUAUGCUAAUAUGCAGACAGAUGAGCAUGUUUCCUGUAUGAAAACCGACUUGUUGAAAUCUUGCGGAACUUUUCGUGUUCUUGUUGGCGUGACAGGAAGCGUUGCAGCCCUCAAACUGCCGCUUUUGGUGUCCCAGCUUCUUCAGCUCCCUGGGGUGGAGGUAAGAGUGGUCACAACAGAGCAUGCCAAGCACUUCUACAAUCCUGCAGAGGUUUCAGUAAAAAUCUACAGUGACAAGGAUGAAUGGGAGCUGUGGACUCAGAGAUCUGACCCUGUGUUGCACAUUGAGCUAAGGCGCUGGGCAGACCUAUUUGUCAUUGCACCUCUUGAUGCCAACACUCUUGGAAAGAUUGCUAAUGGAAUAUGUGACAAUCUCUUGACAUGUGUGGUAAGAGCCUGGGAUACCAGUCGCCCUCUCCUCUUCUGCCCCGCAAUGAACACAGCGAUGUGGCAGCAUCCUAUUACAGCCCAGCAGGUAUCCAGGCUGGCUGAGUUUGGAUAUGUGGAAAUUCCCUGCAUUGCUAAGAAGCUAGUAUGUGGAGAUGAAGGUAAAGGGGCCAUGGCAGAGGUAUCAACUAUUGUCACAGCUGUCGAACGGCAUCUUAAUACACCAGAUGAGUCAUCUAAGAAAACAAACAGCAUGACGUCAAAAUGAGCUUGGCCCAAUACACCCUUGAUAAACUCACAUAGUCCUUUUCAUCUAUCUAACCUCUUGUUGUUGGAAUUGUGUGGGUGUGUUCAGUUCAGACAAUAAUUGACUUUCUCCCUGACUCUUCUGUUAGUUUUGUUGCACAGAAACAUGCAAAUUUUCCUCUUUUUAGUACAUGGACUUUGGUGACCUGAUGUGAUUCCUAGUAUAUCUCAACCCAAGCCAUUCAUGUGGUGACAGGUUGCUGUCUACACCGUCAUUUACACUGAUGUCAAGUAGGAGCUUAUUAUCAUGUUUUGUCAAAUAUUUUACCUUCCAAACAAGAGAUGAUGGUUAUUCCUGGUCUGUUAGUGUUGACAUGUUGUUGUGUCAUUUGACAACAGAAAUGUAAAAGCAUGUCACUGUCAAAGGCGAUAGAAAUUUGGAUCAAAAGCACUGUUAAAAUUAAUGUUUCACUGUUUCACUAUUGGAUAAGAUUUCAUUACACAAUCCAGGGAAUUUCAAGCAUUCUGUUGUUUGUCGAGAAACGGAUGUUCACUGUUCUCAAAGCAGCAGAGGUGUACUUAAGCAAGCUGGGUAUUUUGCAAUAAAAAGAGUGUAACACAUG